AAAAAAGGAAAAACAGUGUGAUCAUAAGCCCCAAGAAGCUCACGAAAAUGGCAAGGACAUGGCAGAAGAUAGCGGUGUCCAUUGGAAGGAAAACAAUUUCUUCAUCAAGAACCAAAGGGACUACUAUGGACACCGAUAGGUGUAAUAAAGGACAUUUUGUUGUAUACAACACUGAUCAAAUGCGGUUUGUGAUUCCUUUGGCGUAUCUCCACAACACCGUCUUCAGAGAGCUCUUCAAGAUGUCUGAAGAAGAAUUUGGACAGCCCAGAGAUGGGCCUAUUAUGUUGCCAUGUGAUGCAGUUUUUAUAGAUUACAUACUCUCACUUGUCCGGAGAGGUUUAGCUCAAGAUUUAGAGCAAGCCUUGGUCUUUUCGGUUGUUGGCUGUAGAGGCACCUUACCUUUUGUACUCAACAAGAAACGAGCAAACAAGUAGAUGUUUGUUUUGUGGUUAAUUUGUAAUGUUAUUGUGCAAAUUUUGUAUGUAACAAUCACAACUUAAUAGAGGGUGAUACAUACUUUGAAAAUCCAAA